AUGAAUCUGCAACACCAUCUCCCUCGGCCCUGGCGGCGCUCCAAGUGGUUCUGGCCAGGCGUGGCCUUGGUUGCCGUCGCCGUCAUCAUUGUCAUCGUCGUGCCGCUGGCUGUUCUGCUCCCGCGCCGCAACCGCCCGCAGCAGCCUCCCACCAACGUCAUCCUGCCGCUCUACAUCUACCCGCUCGCCGACUCGUCCUGGAGUCCGGUGUACGACGCCGUCAGCCGCCGGCCUGACCUCAACUUCACCGUCAUUGUCAACCCCAGCAGCGGGCCGGGGAGCAGCCCGUUGCCUGACGCCCAUUAUGACGCUGCCAUCCGCCGCCUCAACUCGUACCCAAAUAUAGAAACCGUAGGGUACGUGCGGACGGGCUAUGCCACCCGCAACCUCUCCGACGUGACCGCCGAGGUGGCCGUCUACUCGGCCUGGUUCAGCAACGCCAGCGCCCUGGCCAUGCACGGCAUCUUCUUUGACGAGGCGCCGCACGAGUACUCGCCCGAGGCCGUCGAGUUUCUUCGCGCCGCCGACAGCUUCGUCAAGAGCGCGCCCGGCCUGCAGGGCCGCAAGACGAUCAUCCACAACCCCGGCGUGAUUCCAGACGCCCGCUUCAACGGCAGCGACGUCGACAUCACCGUAGUCUUUGAGGAGACGUACGACAAGUGGCAGGUCCGGAGCACGUCUCUGGCCGCACUGCCCAGGACCAGGGGCGCCUACAGCGUCAUGGUCAACACGGUGCCCACCAUGAGCAACGGCACCCUGAGCCAAUUCGUCAACGAGCUGUCCGACCUGGCCAAGUACGUCUUCAUCACGAGCCUCAGUGUGGAUUUCUACAACUCGUUUGCCAACGACUGGCUGGACUUUGUAGGCCAGGUGCCGGCGUAG